CCCGGAAGAAGAAGAAACUGAAGAACGCCGGUCAUGGAGGCCACCGCCGGCUCGUCGCGGACUCUCUUCCUGCUCACGCCUUCGCCGCCUCUGGUCAGCACGGUGCGCCUCGCCGUUGCCGUGGGGAGGCGCCGGCUCGUGGCCGCGGGGGCCAGGAAGAGGAGGGGGAAGGACGGGGACGCGGGAGAGGAGAGGGUGGACUCGCACAGCUUCAACCCCAAGGCCGGCGAGGUCACCGGCCCGUUCCCCGAGUCCGUGCUGCUCAGGAAGAAAAAGGUGAAAGAGGACGGUGAGGAUUCACCUGAAUUUGCUGAUGCCGAAGAAGAAAAACUAUAUGAACUUCUGAACAUUCAGCUAGAGAGUGGUUUAAAUCUGCAAAGGAUGCGGCACUAUGAAGUUGUUUACCUCAUCCAUGAGGACCGUGUGGAGGAAGCUGAAGAUGUUAUAUCAAAAGUACAAGAAUUUGUCAGAGAGAGGAAAGGACGGAUAUGGAGGGUGAACAACUGGGGACUGCGCAGACUUGCUUACAAGAUAAAGAAAGCUACACAUGCCAACUACGUCCUAAUGAACUUUGAGAUACAGGCAAAAUGCAUCAACGAUUUCAAGACUCUGCUUGAUAAGGAUGAAAGAAUCAUUAGACACCUUGUGAUGAAACGAGAUGAGGCGAUUACUGAAGACUGCCCUCCCCCACCAGAGUUUCACGCUAUGCGAUCUCAACAGUUGGAUGAUGAAUAUAUUGAUGAGGAAUAUGCGAAGGCGGAUGAUGGGGAUGAUGAGGGUGAGGAUGGCAAUGUUGAUGAUGAUGUAGAAGCUGACGAUGAACCUGAAAUCAUUCUUGUUGAUGAAGUUGAUGAUGACAACGCCGAAGACCUGAGAAGAAGGAAUAGGAAAAUUAAACUGGAGAAGUAUACAAUGGGGAAGGUCUUGAGGUAGCAUUUGUAUCUACCUAUGGUUUUCAUGUAGUAUAAGUCGGAUAUUAGUUCUUAUACAAAGGAAGACUUGUAUGAUGAAGUAACUACAGUUAGGUGUUUUCCCUGUACCAGACUACGCCAACUAUUAUGAUGAUAUGAUUAGUGAGAUGAGCUCA